AUGAGUUUUCCUAGUUUCGACACGCCAUUAUACUACGCUGCGCCACCACACAAUUACAUUGGCACCACGGUAUUCCUCUUAUACAUCAUUGUAGCACUAUACACGACGAUAGUUAUCACACUAUCGAUUUACGGCCAGUACACCACCUUACCAGACACAUACGCCAACCCAGGAAAUCCUGGACUCAAUGCUGCAAAGAAUGCGCGCAAGCGGCACAUCAAAAUCUAUGCAUUUCUCGCAUCAAUUAGCUUUGCGAUGCUGUCGUAUAACAUGCUGAUGUUCCUUGUCACGCAUUACCUGUCUUGGAGUGGGGAUCCGAGCCGGAGUGUUGGAAAUGUUACGAUUCCAGCCCUGAGGAGCUGGAUGCUGGAUUCCUCACUAUUCCAAGAGUUCGCGCAAGAUUUGGUGAAGAAUGCGCCCAGCGCGGUAUGGACGCAGAGCGCGAUUGUUGGAACAUGGUUCUGGAACAUUUGGAUGGCUCGAAAAGCACGUCAACGUACAAUUGAGACAUCCAUGAUGCGCACCUAUAUCUUACUCGGCCAAAUCUUACCCAUUUCACUCACGGCAAGUCUCUUCAUUAUCCAACUCCAUCUCAGAGCACCGGAGUUCAAGCACGGCAACGCACCGGCAGCAGCGCGGAGAAAGCCCGUCGCAUCACUCCAAAUUCCCAACAUUUUGCUCAAUAUCGCACUACUUGCACUGCCUGCACUGCGGGCAGACGCCACAUUUAGCCCCCUGGUCUUAUUUGAGCGAGUGGUACUGUUGUUACCGCACUCUGGUCUUUUGAGCUUACGAGAGUCGGAGAUUGCAAAAUGCAUUACCGUUUCUGGGGGGUUUUUGGUCGCAAAUGUAGUAAGGUUGAGCAAGGAACUAAGUAUUGCAAGUGUCUUGCUUACUCUACGAGUUGGUGGCUACGCAGUGAAGGCUUUGAGUUGGGAUGCGUUGCUUGGGGCUGUGGUUGCCACUCAAAUAUGCGGUGGAAACAACAACGCACCGGAAUACGAACAGGGCAAGCUGUACACUGGACGAAACCCUCGGAGUGCAAUCCCUUGA